AUGGCUGGCGGUGCGCAACCUCACCGCAAGCGCCCCCGACAAGGUGUUCUCGUAGAUCCCCUCUCUCGUGAGAUUUAUCAGAUGGUGGUGCGCCAACUUCACCACGACGGGUUUCUGGCCGCUGCUUCCGCCGUUUGCGAUGCCACUGGGGUCGUGGUGGGUAAUGUGGAGGACCAAGGCGACCGCCUCGCGCGCGUCGUAGCGGCGGGACUAAGUGUCAAUGAGAUGGAGCGGCGUGCAGAGGAGGAGUUUCACUCCACGCAGGUGGUGGAGCGUUUUCUGAGCGCGUCAAAGUUGUAUAUGCCGUUGUCACUAUCCAGCCGCUGGUCGGUGGGACGUCGAUGCCUGCGCAUGCGAGAGCGCUUCAUGUCAGCUUCUCUCGGCGGCGUUGUGCGAGACAUCUCCUUCUCUCCGGAUGGCGCCUACGUCACAUGUGCUGGCACUAACGGACUUGCGGCCAUAUUUUCACUGGAGACAAUUGAAGAUUUAAGCGCGCUUGACGAGGCGCGCGCCGCGAACCGCGCGAGAGCGCUCGAUGGCAGUCGUGAUGCUGGGAGUUUUGCCAAUGGUGAGACGGCUCCUAAAGGGUCCGCUCUCCGCAAUGCCAACGAGGUGACAGAGCUUGCGAUGGUGCGCCGGUUUCACGAGCACACCCAGUCUGUCGAGGUGAUGCGCUUCCACCCCACCAAACCGAUUGUGCUAUCGGGCGGGCGCGACGGCAAUCUGUACUUGCGCAACUACGCCUAUCCUGAUUCCAGGGUGGUGCUAAAGAUUCACGACACCGUCCCCAUUCGCGAUGCUUCGUUUCAUCCGUCUGGCGAGUACAUCGUUCUGGCAGCGAAUCACCAUCUUCCUCGAUUGAUCAAUGUGCAGACCGAAAAGGUGCUCACGCCCCCUGGCACCUACGCGUCCUCGACUGCCCACACAGGGCCGCAGUGGGAGGCCGAGGAGAGCGGGACUGCGACUACCUCGUACCGACCAAGCGAUCGUGGGGCUCAGCACAGUGCAGCGCUGUCCUCGGUAUGCUUCUCUCCUGACGGGCGAACGAUGAUCAGCACAAGUCUUGAUGGUACCUGGAUGCUUUACGACGGCGUGAGCGGUCGCGUGAUUUACCGCGCUGAGAAUGCCCACUCUGGCGUGCCUGUCACGAGCGUCGUGUACAGCCGAACUGGAAAUGUUGCACUGACAGCGGGUAUGGACUCAACGGCACGCCUGUGGGACCUUCGGCGACUCCAUGCAACAUCGCGCAACUACCAGAGCCCAGAGGUAACCUCUUUCGGUGAACCCACCAAGUGUGAUCAUCGGAGCAUACGCGCCGUGUUCUCCGCCAACGAAAGCCACGUGCACUGCCACGAUUCUACUCUUCUCGCUGUGCACAGCUACUGUGUCUACACUGGAGUAGUAACCUCCACCGUGACAACGCAGCCGAGUUUUAUGCAAAGGGGUCUUGCUGCCAGCCCGUGGGCCAACUGUAUUGUAACAGGCGGCGAUGACAGCCGACUGCGUAUGUGGACACCGGCGUGGCUUCCAUCUUGA